UGCAGCCCAUUUGAGUUAUUUUUGAUAUUGUGAGUUUCAGUAAGUGUAUGCAUGCCUACCACCUAUAAGUAUAUAUGUGUAUAAUUGACUAGGAAAUGUAUGUUUAAAAUAUUUACUUCUACAUUUUUAUCGAAAUAGUACAAUGAAGCUGGCAAGAUGAUGAAAAAACUUUUUUACGGAGGAAAUGAUCGCAGUGGUUGGAUUGGUAAACAAUUUCAAUGUGGUCACCAUUCUUGUACCGUCGAAGAAACUGUUGCAGAAGGUGGGUUUGCUCUAGUGUUUCUGGUACGAACAUCAACAGGACAAAAAUGUGCACUCAAGCGUCUCUCAGUAAACGAUCCAACCGAUCUACAAGUGUGCAAACAGGAAAUCCAAAUAUUGAAAAUGUUGUCUGGUCAUAAGAAUGCUAUCACACUCAUUGAUUCAGCUGUUAAUAUGCUAGAACCUGGUAUCUAUGAAGUGUUAAUGUUAAUGGAAUUUUGCAAAGCUGGAAAUGUUAUUGAUUUGAUGAAUGAAAACUUAACCGCAGGAUUCACGGAAGGUUUAAUAAUAAAAAUAUUUUGUGAUACUUGCGAAGCUCUCUCCUUGAUGCAUCAAAACGAACCUCCGGCCUUGCAUCGUGAUUUAAAGGUUGAAAAUAUACUCCGGAAAGAAACUGGAGAUUUUGUUUUGUGUGAUUUUGGUAGUGCUACAUUUGGUGUGAUGAAUCCUACCCAAGACGGAGUAAGGAAGGUUGAUGAUGAAAUACAAAAGUACACUACAGUAUCGUAUCGAGCUCCUGAAAUGAUUGACCUCUAUGCUGGUCACAUAAUUGAUACAAAGUCUGACAUUUGGGCAAUGGGUUGUCUGCUGUAUAAGUUGUGUUUCUUUACAACACCGUUUGGAGAGAGCACGCUAGCCAUUCAAAGUGGUCAAUUUACAUUUCCUGAAACAUCUAAAUAUUCCAGGGACCUACAUGCACUUAUCUGUUACAUAUUGAACCCAGACCCAAGCCAAAGACCGGACAUUUACCAAGUUGCAUCGCUAGCCUUCAAGUUGGCUGGCAAACCCUGUCCAAUUCCAAACAAACAUAAUGCUGUUGUUCCGAAGAGUUUAACCGCAACAGCGUCUGCUGGAUCAGUAACAAAAGAUGUUACUGAUAACAGAUCAUCUGCAUCAGCACCGAAUGUUGGACCCGUUGCUACGUCUGUCGCUCCUCGUGGACGACCUGUCACCACGUCGCUUGCUCCGAGACAACGCCCAAAGGGAAACAAUCAAACCUUUGAAGUCCAAGAAGAAACAGCUGUACCAUUUAAGCACCAAUAUCCAAAUGUUAGCAACAUUCAAAACAGUAGCGGCUUGCGGCGUAGUCACAGUCUAAAAGAAGUUUCAAACAGAAGUAGUAAAUAUGCGCACGCGCAACAAUCUAACCAAUCACAUCCGAGUAAUACUAUGUAUCAACAAAACGCAGGUGUCGCUAAUCCACAAUCGCAGUAUAUGCUACAACAACAACAACAACAACGCGAGUUAUAUAUGAGACAACAACAACAACAGUUGCAAUAUUAUCAACAACUACAUCACCAACAACAAAUGCAACAACAACAAAUACAGCAGCAACAACAACAAGAAUAUAUGAUUCGUCAACAACAACAACAACAACAACAGGAAUUUUUAAAUCAACAACGAGAAAUGCUAAUGAAACAACAGGAACAAGAAAUGCUUCUAAGACAACAGCAGCAACAGUUACAUCAACAACAGCAACAAAAGGAAGAGGUUAUAAGAUCGCGUCAAGAACAGUACAAUCGGCUGCAGCAACUGCGUUUAGAGGAAGAGCAGACGCGAAUGAAAAUGGAACAACAGAGAUCAGCAUUGCGCCAACACCAACAAGAACUUGCUGAUGAGGAGUUUAAUCCUCGUCAGAAACCAGAUGAUAGAAUGUGCAAAAGUGUUGAGCCUCCACGGUUACCCAUGGUUGAGAAUGCGUCACAGCAAUCACCGCUUUUUGAUGACGACUUCAGCCGUUCUUCACCGGAUCUCAGUAAUCCGUUCGUUGCUAAAACAGCUCCCGAAAACCCGUUCAACCAACAACAAAAGAAAAAGACACACGUUAGAUCUCGCUCUGAUACUUUUACCCGGCUUGCCCAAAGAGGAGAUAACAGUUUAGUUAGCUCUCAUAAAGACAGUAUUAACGUUCCACGACGUUCACCUGUUCCUCCGAUACAAGAACCACUGACGGUUGAUGUCACAGAUCCGGUCAUUUCGACGUCAAAUCCUUUCACGUCUUCUCAAUCCGACAAAAAAACCGACGUUACUACGGGUGAGAAAGCUGAAACAUCUUCUAAAGUAACACAUCCCGUAAAAAUGGAACGUCAAGACUCUAACGUGGAAACGGGCAUUUUAUUAGAAAUCGACGAUGACGAGCAUUUUAAGAGACUUCAACAGGAACUGAAUGAUCUCGGUGUUAUUAAAGAUGUUGGGUUAGAACUAAGAAAUUUAGGUAUUACCUCCGCGGGUGACGAAACAGACUCAAAACCUUCGAAAAAUAACGACUCCGCAAGCAGCGAUAAAUUGAAUAUCAGUCAGGCACAAACGCACAGUGACGGCUCUCCUUUGAUACCAACUGCAAAUUCUCCACCACAAGGAGAGCGUAAAUAUGUUUAUCAAAGAACUUCGUCUUGUAGUAGCAGUAAUGAUAGUUCUGAUGAGUUUUCGAAUGACGAGGACGGUGGAGAGCAAGCUUAUAAAGAUUGUAAUUCUGAAGGCGCCCAUGUAGAUCCCGGUGCCGAACUUGUGAAUAUCAAUGAUGACGUCACAGCAGAAAAACAAAAGCAAAAUAUUAUUCAUUCAGGAAGAGACAUAUUUGAUUCUGCUCCGUUUCAAAAAGCCUCUAAGGAGGAGCAAACUAACAACGCUACCUUUUCCACUUCGUUGAGUAUUCAGCGUCAGAAGGCAAGAAAACAAAAACCAAGAUCAGUUAAGACGCCCGAAUCUAAUCCAUUCGAUCAAACAAACCCGUUUGAUGAUCAUUUCGCAGACGGGACGACGCAAAUUCGACAAAGAUUGGAUUCUGAUCCAUUCGGUAUGGUUCCAAUAAAGUUUAAGGCCUCAAAAAAUGUUCCUAAAGCGCGUCAUAAACCGGAAAACACGGUUCGCGCAAAGGAACCGGCUGGUAGGCCUAAAGAGACUUCUGUAGGAUAUCAACGACCUGCAGAAGAUCCGUUUGGAAGUGCGCCGUUUUUGAAAAAUAACCGAAACGUUCGGAAUGUUCCCAGUAGCGGUUUGCAAGUUAAAAUCGAACCUAGAAAGAAAAGAAUUCUUCCAAAUGUUCCGCCUACUACGCAAGCGCGAUAACAUAUUUUAAAAGCAAUAUAUUUCGAUUAAUUGAAAUCAUGCUGAAGAUUCUUUAUGUAAGUCACUAACUUCGCGGUUGGUACAUGUGCUGAACCAGGCACGGGAUGAGUUGGUACAUGUGCUGAACUAGGCACGGUACGAGCAACGUUCCAAACAGUCGGUCACGUAAAAUAAACGUUUAAUUUUAUAGUUAUGAAUUAUUAAGUUAGAAAGAAGCGAUCGUGUAGUAAUUUUAAUUGUUAAAUGUAUUUCGAAUGUAGAAUAUUUUUUAUUACGUUUAUUUAUAUUGGUCAUGUACGUUGAAAAUUGAAAUUCUAUUCUGACGCUCGCUACUUGUCAGUUCUGUAAAAUUAUGCACAAAAAAAGUUGUAGCAAAAUAUUUUUUUACGCUUUAUUCAGUAGCACGUGAUAUACUUAACAUGUGAUCUUGGUUACCAGUAAAGCGAUUGUCAUUCACAGCCUGUUCUAUUAAUAUAAAUAUUCCAGUACUUGGUAAUUUUAGUCAAAAAAUAUCAGAAAAUUGUGAGAAAUAUACAGAGUUAAUAAUUUAGUGGUAUACUCUAAUAAUAAGUAUUUCCAUAAGCAACCAUGUAAUUCGAAGUUGGAACCGUUAUUCUAUUUGUUUCGUUAGUUGAAAUUUUGUUACAGUCCGAGACAGCUUUAUGAAUCUGUUUAUCGACUUAGCAAUCUUUAAUUCCUUUUUCGUAUUUAAAAUGGUAGCUUGGCUGUGAUAUCCGUUCAAAUUUCCAUAUCGCUUGAAAAAACUCUUUUAUUGUUGAGUUAUAAAAUUAAAAAUUGUAUCCUUGUAGUUGUAGUGUUUUCAUGUGUAUUUUACAUUGUAAUUAUUACGGAUUUUAGUACUGUCGAAACCAUCAAAAGUACGCGAAAACGUAAACAAUGAGGCGUAAGACAUUAAAUUUGUGAUACGUCACCUGUCAAAACCGUCGAAAAGUACACGAAAAAUGGUAAACAAACAACAACAACACAUCAAAUUUAAGCAAGGUCGCCUGUUUCGUAACCAAAUAUUUGUAAAUACAAACUUACAGUUACUCAAGUAUAAACAAAAUAGUUGAUAGAGGGGUACGUUUCCAUGGUUACAUUGUUAUUCAGGCUACGAUUGUAAUCUCGUUUCAAACCCUUUAAAAAAGACUUGCACCAAGGUUGAUUGUCUUUUCACUUUUACGCCUCAGCCUUAUUCUUUUUAAAUGUUUUUAUCGUUAUUUAAUUAUUUUGGUGCUGUAAAUCAACUUGUUACUAGACUUUUUAAGAAGGUAGAUAUGAUCUACUGAAAGGGGCUGGUGACGAAAUGUAAUUUUUUAGGUUAUGAUAUUUUCUUUGCUAUCAAUAUGUAGAUAUUCACUUUUGCUAAAUAAAUUGAUAUAAUAAUC